UUGUCCACAAGGAAAGUAAAAACCUUAGUAAAGCCAUUUCCAUAAGAGUUCUCUGCAGUCCUCUUAAUUUAUAGCCAUCUCCUCAUUGCCCUCUGUGUUCCAUUUUCCAUGGCUCCUGAACUGGUUCCUUCCGGUGAUAAAACCAACGUUUUCGCUAAACCGGUCACCAUGCGCAGUCGUGCUUACGUCACGUUCCUGGCCGGUAAUAGGGACUACGUGAGAGGCGUCUUGGGGUUAGGCAAAGGGUUAAGGAAGGUGAAAUCUGCGUACCCUUUGGUGGUUGCCGUUUUACCCGACGUGCCCGAGGAGCACAGGCGGGUCCUGGUGAACCAGGGUUGUAUCGUACGAGAGAUCGAACCCGUUUAUCCGCCUGAGAACCAGACCCAGUUCGCCAUGGCUUACUACGUCAUCAAUUAUUCCAAGCUCCGUAUUUGGGAGUUCGUGGAAUACAGUAAGAUGAUAUACCUUGACGGCGACAUUCAGGUAUACGAUAACAUUGAUCACCUGUUUGAUAUGCCUGAUGGGCAUUUCUACGCCGUGAUGGACUGUUUCUGCGAGAAAAUUUGGAGCCACGCCCCACAAUAUAAGAUCGGUUACUGCCAACAGUGCCCCGACAAGGUGAAUUGGCCUUCAGAGAUGGGUAAUCCCCCUUCUCUUUACUUCAAUGCCGGAAUGUUCGUGUUCGAGCCCAACCUUGCGACCUAUGAAACGCUGUUGAACACCCUCAAAAUCACAACCCCAACCCCAUUUGCGGAACAGGACUUCUUGAACAUGUUCUUUAAGGACGUUUACAAGCCCAUUCCUCUAAUUUACAACCUUGUUCUUGCCAUGUUAUGGCGUCAUCCCCAGAACGUGGAGCUCGAAAAAGUUAAAGUCGUUCACUAUUGUGCAGCGGGAUCGAAGCCCUGGAGGUACACAGGGAAAGAAGACAACAUGCAAAGAGAGGACAUCGAGAUGCUUGUGCAGAAAUGGUGGGACGUUUACAACGAAGACUCGCUUGAUUACAAGGAGUCCACUGCUGCUGAUGGAGAGACGGAGCCUAUUAGCUUGCAACCCUUCCUGACGGCACUCUCGGAAGCCGGUCCUGUCCAAGUGAUGGCCGCCCCAUCAGCGGCGUAAAAACUGCCGAUUCUUUUUUUAUAACGACGAUAAAAAUAAAAAUAAAAAAGCGUCUAAGAUGUAAAAAUUAUUGUUUCAAGCUUUUAGGUUUUGGGUUUUUUACCACAAGUAAUAUGGGUGAGCUAUGGUGAAUCAAAGUCGAGUGCCAAUUUGACGCGUGGGGAGUUGGAUGUGUCUGUUGAUAGUGUGCCUUUCACAAAAGUCUCUUUUCAAUGAAAUGUGUCUACAAAAAUGGGGAAUUCUAAUCUUAAUUUUGCAGCAAUGGUAACAUGAAAACGACAGAACAAGUUUGUGAAACA